ACACGCACGUAUACAGUCAGAAGAAGUCAACCGUAUACAUGUUACUUUCUGUUCCCCCACCGCUUUGCUAUUAUAUCCCGACCUCGUACACUCUCCGCAUUAUUGAAUACAGCUCUUGCAUUAUAUAACGGAACGACAAAGGCUUUCCUGUUGGGGCGGUGAGCGAAAACCUACGACCGCUUUGCUUAAUUAAUAGAGAUUGGCGAGGCACAGUCAAGUUCGCGUCUCGUGUUACUUUCUCACGUGUGCAUUGGAUCUAGAUAUCUAGUUCCUCUUUUAUUAGACUAGAUCUACAAAACGAUAGAGGUAUCCUUUUGCUUCGUCAUUCAGAAGCCGAAUUUUGACCAAAUAGGUUGCUACUGCUAAAGUGAGAACAACUGUGUGGAUCAUUUUCAUUAUUGGGCCAGACAGAAAAUAGAAACUAUUUUAUCACGACGCGAGUCAAAGGUUGGCGUCCUUGACUUUCAAGAUGGCAAGCUACUCGAAUGGCGAUAAUGCCGAAUGCAGUGUUGUAACAAAAAGUCCAAUGAAAAAACUAAGUGUUUCACCAACGGCACAGGAGGGAAGACAGAACGU